CUGACAACUGUCAAUUGCGCGUCAAAAUCAUUCAAACAAGAAAUUCUCACAUUGAUUCUGUGUUUUUACGUUUUUGAUCCUAUGAUUGUGAGAUUUUAAUAUCAAAUGAAUUUUGAGAAAGAUUAUACUGUUCAUUUCAAUCCUUUCAUUGGCUGCAAUGCAAAUUAUACCUACAGAACAAUGACAGAAAAUAGGAAAAGGUCUCGAGAAGAUGACACGUGUGAAUUUAUGCCAUUAUCAAAAAGAAUUAACAAUUUGCAUAUAAACAAUAACCUUGCAAGUACAUCAGUAGCACAAAGCCAAGAUACAAGACUGAAUGGAAUAGCUACGGAGAAUGGUAUUUCCUCACCUCAUAGCUCUUCAUCAGAUUCAGAAAGGAGACCUAGUUAUGAUCCUGGUGUUAAUUCUUCAGAGAGCAAUUAUUUUUAUGAAAAUAAAUUGUUGUUUGAAUUGCAUUUAGAAAGAAUACAAAGAUCUGGUCAACAAUUUCCGUUUUAGAUUUAGUUCUUAAAUGUAUGUCUUGUGUACCUAAUGUUAUUUUUAUUUGUAUGCUUGAUAGUGUGUAUUCAGUCUAUUUAUUGAUUAAAAAUAAAUUAAAUUA